GCACUUCCGUUUUCCUUUCGGCUCCCGCCCCGCUCCGCCAUCAUGAAGUCCUGAACAAAAACGGAUGGGAGUCGAGCAAAAUGGGGAGAAGACGAACCGCACAGGAAAACCUGCCCGCAACACUGACGCAAUGACAGCACGAGGCGGAGCGCGGAGCGGACCCGUGGGAAUCAACGAGCCCGUUCCCCGUUGAGAGCGUCGCGGCCGGCCUCCCGGCGUUCGCCUCCUUCGGUCAGCGGCGUUGCUAGCAGCGGCUCGAGCUAGCCUGUGGGGUUUCUCCUGGAGACCGCGCCGCUCGCUGGUCGGCAGGCGUCCGUCUGCAGCCAGCUGUCACCGCGACCCUGCCCGGCACUCUGCUCGUGUCCAGGGGCGCACGACGCGAGAUCUGUCCGUUCGACUGGGGCCGUCGGGAUGGAGGGGACCUCGAGGAACGACGUCGACUGACAGAAUGCGGCUCGCCCGCGCUCAGUAGACACCAGUGCCGAGGGGAAAAAGGAGGAGCGGUGGGAGCAGCAUUUUCUCGCCAGGCCGGUUAGCUAGCUCCAGGGCUAGCUACAGUGGAUCCCAAAAGCCACGGCGCUGGCCAUGCCGUCGAGUGUGCGGGCCGGGAGCCUGAAGGACCCGGAGGUGGCUGAGCUGUUCUUCAGGGAGGAUCCCGAGAAGCUCUUCACUGACCUGAGGGAGAUCGGUCAUGGGAGCUUCGGAGCAGUCUACUUUGCCCAUGACAUCCGCACCAAUGAGGUGGUUGCCAUCAAGAAGAUGUCCUACAGUGGCAAACAGUCCAACGAGAAAUGGCAGGAUAUCAUCAAGGAAGUGAAGUUCCUCCAGAAACUGCGCCACCCCAACACCGUUGAGUACCACGGCUGCUACCUGAGAGAGCACACAGCAUGGCUGGUGAUGGAGUACUGCUUGGGCUCUGCUUCAGACCUCUUAGAAGUUCACAAGAAACCCCUUCAGGAAGUGGAAAUAGCUGCCAUAACCCAUGGUGCAUUGCAGGGAUUGGUGUAUCUUCACUCUCACAACAUGAUUCACAGGGAUGUGAAGGCAGGAAACAUCUUGCUAACGGAGCCAGGCCAGGUCAAACUGGGAGACUUUGGCUCGGCCUCCAUUGUUGCGCCAGCCAACUCCUUCGUGGGAACACCUUACUGGAUGGCCCCCGAGGUGAUCCUGGCCAUGGACGAGGGUCAGUACGAUGGGAAGGUGGAUGUGUGGUCACUUGGCAUUACCUGCAUAGAGCUGGCGGAAAGGAAGCCUCCUCUGUUCAACAUGAAUGCAAUGAGUGCCUUAUACCACAUCGCCCAGAAUGAGAGCCCUGUGUUGCAGUCCAAUCACUGGUCGGAUUAUUUCCGCAAUUUUGUGGACUCCUGUUUGCAGAAGAUCUCCCAGGACAGACCUACCUCUGAUGUGUUGCUCAAGCACCACUUCCUAUGCAGAGAGCGUCCCAUGACAGCUGUGAUGGACCUGAUUGCACGCACAAAGGACGCUGUCCGCGAGCUGGACAAUCUUCAGUACCGGAAGAUGAAGAAAAUCCUCUUCCACGAGGCACACAACGGUCCCGCACCAGAAGGAGGUGAUGAGGAAGAGGAUGUGGAGCAGUAUAUGCUGCGCACUGGCACGGUCAACAGCAUGGAGAGCUCCCACUCUCUGCCGUCCAUGUCAAUCAGCGCCAGCUCCCAGAGCAGCUCGGUCAACAGCCUGGCAGACGGCUCUGAUGACAGCGGGGAGAUGGCUAUGAUGCAGGAGGGAGAGCACACCGUCACCUCCAACAGCUCUGUCUUGCACAAGCCACUGAGCCAUGACAACAUCUACGAUGAUCCCUAUCAGCCAGAGGUCGACUCACAUCGAGAAGUGUCGUCUGCUGGUGGAGGUGGAGUUGGUGGUGGUGGUGGAGGAGGAGGAGGAGGAGGGGGGGGAGGGGGAGGAGGGAGGCGUCGUCGAGGCAGAGACCAUUUUGCAACCAUCAGGACAGCCUCGCUCGUCACCCGUCAGAUCCAGGAACAUGAGCAGGGGUCGGCCCUGAGAGAACAAAUGUCUGGGUACAAGCGAAUGCGGCGGCAGCACCAGAAGCAGCUGAUGGGCCUGGAGAACAAGCUGAAGGCAGAGAUGGACGAGCACCAGCUGAGACUGGACAAAGAGCUGGAGAAUCAGAGGAACAGCUUCUCAAUGGACGGAGAGAAACUCUCCAAGAAGCACCAGGGUAUCCAGGAGAAGGAGACAAAGGCAGUCCUGACUGAGGAGAAGAAGUUCCAGCAGCACAUUCUGGCCCAACAGAAGAAGGAGUUGACCGGUUUGCUGGAGUCCCAGAAACGACAGUAUCGAGCACGCAAGGAGCAGCUCAAAGAGGAACUGAAUGAGAACCAGUCAACGCCAAAGCGAGAGAAACAGGAGUGGUUGGUGCAUCAGAAGGAGUGUCUGCAGCAGCUGCAGGCGGAGGAAGAGGCAGGCCUGCUGCGGCGCCAGAGGCAGUAUUACGAGUUACAGUGUCGCCAGUACAAGAGGAAGAUGGUGCUGGCACGCCACAACUUGGAGCAAGACUUGCUGCGAGAGGAUUUGAACAAGAAGCAGACUCUGAAGGACUUGGAGUGCGCCAUGCUCCUGCGUCACCACGAGUCCACCCAGGAGUUGGAGUUCCGCCAGCUGGGCUUGGUGCAGCGAACACGGGCAGAGCUCAUCCGCACGCAGCACCAGACGGAGCUCACCAACCAGAUGGAGUAUAACAAGAGGCGGGAGCAGGAGCUGCGUCAGAAACACGCCGUGGAGGUCCGCCAGCAGCCCAAGAGCCUCAAAGUGAGUGAGAGCACUCAGAGCCAGGGGUCUCCUGAAGAGGGGGAGAGCCAGACAACAGAGGGCCCAGGUGGCAGCUGGGACAGUGAGGCAGGGGUGGGAGAAGGGGAGGUGGAAGUUGAGAUGGGAAAGGAGAGGGAGGCGGUAGCGAAGGAGACGUAUGAAGUUGAGGAUGGGCUUGACUUGAAAUACAGAGACGAAGUAGAGGAGGAGGAAGGAGUGAGUGUCACUGAAAGGAAUGAUGAGGUGGACGAUGAGCGUAAACCAAAGGGAGAUGAUGAGGGUGAGAAGGAGGAGUGGAAAAUGGGAGAAGAAGGUACAGAGGUGAGGGAGGUAGAGGGAUUGCAGUGGGAGUACGAGGAGGACCAUGGUAAGACUGCACAAUUAGACACAGAUGAAGAGGAAGAGGAGGGCAGGGGCGUGGCCGACGGCUGUCCGUCAGAGCUCAUCUCAUUCCCGUCCCAAGAAAAGAGGCGCCUCCACCAGCGAGAGCUCGACGAGCUGUCUGAGUUUUACUUCCCCGACGCCCCCGAGGAGCUGGAGCCCACACCCACCUCCGCUCCUCCUCCCCCUCCCCCCACCCAGACCUCCUUCCCCUCACUCUUCUCUCACGCCAUCUGUCUCCUCCUCUCCCUCUCUGCUGCUGCCCAGCCCUCCAACCUCACCUUGCUGCUUCUCUCCAUCUUCCUCCUCUCCCUGCGUCGCUCCCCUCCUCUGCCCUCGGUGGCGUCUGUGGUUCUCUCUGCGGAGCUCGCCUUGUUGGCGCUCUUCUUCUCGUACCUCUUCCUUCGCUCCUGCUGCUCUCUGUCACUCUCCACGUACCUGUCGCUCAGCCUCUGGGCGAGCGGCCUCUUCAGUUUAGGGCUCUCCCUCAGUUUGGGGAUUUAUUACAUCCCUAUGAUUUUGGUCUCGGCCUCCUUUCUCAGCUCUCCCUCGCUCUUCUUCUCCCUCUACUUGGUGGUGGUGCUGAUUGUCAGGCCGGCCCGUGACUUCCUCCAACACGCACCUCGCAAAGUCAACCGUCUCUGCAUGCGAGUCCUUUUCCGCCUCCCCAGACCCCUAUUUGCCAUGUGCCAGUCAGUCUUAGGUGGAAUGGCUGAGCGUAACCUCUAUGAGAUGUUUCCGAAAGCAGGGCGCAACUGGGGUGUGCGCCAGUCCCAAAUCCCUGUCCCGCUUAAGAGUUUGCCUUUAGAGCAUCAAGCCCGCUGCAGUUAUACUUCUCCCUGGGCCAAGGGCCUGCUCUGGGUGAGGCGUUUCAGUAGACGCCCCCUCGGGGUCCUGGCUGACCUGGCCAACUCCAUAGCACUAAAGCUCGCCGGACAGGCCCUUAAAAAGCUGCCGCUCAGUGUCCGCGUCAAACUUGAAACCCUGGGCCUCUUGAAGAAACAGGUCCCGAGCAAACUGCCCCGACUGCUGCCCAGGGAGGUGAGGGAGAGGAGACAGAGGGAGAGGAGGAGGAGAGAGAGGGAGAGACAGAGGAGGGAAGAGCGGGAGAGGAUGUUUCGUGAGGACGCCAGGUGGGAGUGUGGGUUGAGGCGAACUUCUUCAGGAAGGUUUGUCAGGGGGAAAAUUCGGCCGUGGAGAUAGCAAGAGGCAAAACGAAGGAAAGAGUGGGAGAGUGAGUUGCUGGUGUGUGUGCGUGCGUGUGCGUGCGCGUGCGUGUCCGUGCGUGAGCGAGCGUGAUCAUGCUCUAUGUUCCAUUGUAGGACCAUUGUUUGUGUCUUUUUGAUUUGGGCCCAUGUCUCUUGUUACAUUAUUCCCAAGCUGGUUUUUGGACACAUUUCUUAAAGAUGAGAUGUAAGUCACCCUUCACACACACGCGCAUCAGUAUGUGUGUGCGCGCCCUGGCUCGAAGUGAUUUUUGCUGUCGAAGCUCAUCCACACAAGCCGUACGGUGGAGUCAGUGGGCUCAGUUGGGCCCACGGUCACUGUACCAACCCCCAGUGAAGUUUAACAUUUCGUUAUUGUGCUUUUUGUAAAAGUUCCUUGAAGUUUCUUUAAUUUCAUUAUUUUGCUCUUAAUUUGUAAGACAAAUGUUUUUAUGGUUAUUUUUUAAGACCGUUUUGUGCAAUGGUUACUAUAUCUAUUAUAGUGGUCUUAUUUCAUAGGCUCUCAUCAGCGCACUGUUAUCGUAGUGCUUCGAACAAAUAUUGCAUAGUGUUGCAUUAUCUUCAUGGCUAUAAUUUCACUCCCCAAAGCUGAAUACUGUGAACAAAAGAUACAUCAAUAAUUUCACUAACAUCUCCCUGAACACUAUCUAUCAGUCAGUGUAGUGCAAUAAACCGCUGAGCAGAAUCAUCUGGGAUCCCUGUAAGACAUCUAAUAUUAUUAGAAAUAUGUUUUCUAUGUUUAGAAGUAAAAGUGGGAAACGAUUAGCAGAACGUUCUUAAUAGGACUAAAAAGAAAAAAAGGUUUUUGUUCCAUGUUUAAACAUCAUUGGAUAUUACUACAGCUGGUGGAAUCAGUAUCUUUCAGAUUUCAAUUUAGUAAACUUUUCUUAUUGCGCUUUUUGCAAUAAUCUUGUUAUGAUUUACCAUGUAAACAAUUAGAUACGUUUCCCCUCAAUGAUGAUGUAAAUCUAAAGCAGUUGAGUGCAUAGUCUGUUGUUGAAUUACAUAUCCUGAAUUUAUAGUGGAUGCAUGAGAAACUAGUUAUACAUGGAAUAUUAAAAGUUUAAUAAUAAUAAAAAUACAAAACUAUUUAAUAUUUCAGCUAAGCUCAGUUUAUAUGAAGCCAUAGACAAUCUUUUGAGACAUGCAAUCAUAAAAUAAGUCCAAAGAUUGAUGAAACUACUGAAUGUGAAUGAAGAUAUCCAGUUGUUGCAGACACACAUUAAAUUUUGCACUGUCUCAAAGACCAUCAGAAAAUGAUUCCAAAUAUGGGAGAACAGAUCACGUCCUUUAUUUUCUUUGAUCUGAUCUGAUCUGCUUUUUAAUUGUUAAUAUUAUUAUUUUUUUUAGUUAAAAGUUCAGUCUUUGAAAAAAAAGUCCAAAAACCAAAGAUUGAUUUUACAUUCAUGAGCUGGAACCAAAAAAAUGUUUUUUUCUUUUAUAACUAUAUUUUUGCUUAAACGAAACUGAAAAGACUUAUUUAUUAAUCCAUUAUCAACUUUUAUCAAAGUAUAGAUGUUUGCUGGUUUAUUUCAAUCAACCGACCAGCUCGCCUGCAGUCAGACCAAAAAGACAGAAGCAAACUGAAACAGGACUGAAAUACCCAAUUCUGCACAUUUAAUUGAGACAAAGCUAAAAAUGUGUAGUUGUGUCUUGCAUAUAUCUGGGAACAUAAAUAUUUUUAGAAUUUUCCAGUCUGUAAGGGAAGUCUGGAGAGUAACAGAGUAAAAUGCACCAGUGCUUAUAAAUGCUGAUUAUAUGGAAGGAAGAAAAAAAAAGUGCUCAGUCAUUUGAGCCAUUCAAUCUUAACUGUAUUGUGACCGAGGGGAACAAAACAGUUGGGCACUUAUUUUUGAGAAGUCGAGAUUCAUAAAAAUAUUUUACAAACAUUGUUAUUUGAAUGUAACUUUUAUUUUGCCAUUGAUUUUACAGUUGUGUUCCAGUAUCAGCUAUCCUGUUCCUCCUUGUAUGUUUACAUGUUUGUAUUCUGUUUUGUUGUGACGUCUGUGUUUGAGUUUCCACAGUUAUAUCACAUUGAGUUUUUUGUUGUUGUUUUUUUUUAAAUAUAUAUUUAAUUUAUGCAGUAUUUAUAGGACUAGUACUGCAUUCUGUUCGGCAGCCAUUUUGUUGUCCUCUAUUCAUUUUAGCUGCACGAUUGUUGGCAUACUGUACGGCUGUGUGCUCCCAAAGCGUAGAAAAAUAUUUUGUCAUACUUCCAGAUUUUUCUUUACACAAAAAAAUAAAUUCUUUUGUGUGUAAAA